CCACCUGGCUCCCUUUAAAUCCUCACCUUCCCCUCUUCAUUUGAAGCAUAACAAAUUAAAAAAUAGCAAGCAAUUAUUUGAAGUUUCUCUCUGUCAACAAAAUGAGUUUAGUGCUUAAUCGUUGUGGUUCAGUGAGUGAAGAAAUGUCGAAUAGCUCGGAAAACGAAGUGGAAUCACUUCCACAGACAAUUGAAGAAAAGCAUCAAGAGCUGGUAGUCAGCCAUGUUCCCAUCGUAUCAUCAUUCAAUGAACGUAUUCGACCUCUACUUGAUGCCGUUGACAAGCUGAGGCAUCUCCAGGUCAUGAAAGAAGGCAUACAACUCCCCACCAUUGUUGUUGUUGGUGAUCAAUCUUCAGGGAAAUCUAGUGUUCUUGAAUCACUAGCUGGUAUCAGCCUCCCUCGUGGCCAGGGCAUCUGCACCAGGGUACCUCUCAUAAUGAGGUUGCAACAUCACACAGCUCCAGAACCAGAGUUUUCCUUGGAGUUCAAUGGCAAAACAGUACCUACCAGUGAAGCCAAAAUCGCUAAUGCCAUAAGUCUUGCCACUGAUGAGAUUGCAGGCAAUGCUAAGGGCAUAUCAAACACACCAUUGACUUUGGUAGUGAAAAAGAAUGGCGUUCCGGACCUAACAAUGGUUGAUCUCCCUGGAAUCACUAGAGUUCCUGUCCACGGUCAGCCUGAAAACAUCUAUGAGCAGAUAGCGGAUAUCAUUAUGGAGUACAUAAGGCCUGAUGAGAGUAUUAUCCUUAAUGUUUUGUCUGCAACUGUUGAUUUUACCACUUGUGAAUCUAUUAGGAUGUCACAGAAAGUGGAUAAGAAUGGUGAGAGGACUCUCGCCGUUGUCACCAAAGCAGACAGAGCUCCAGAAGGACUGCUUGAGAAGGUUACGGCUGAUGAUGUGAAUAUAGGUCUCGGUUAUGUCUGUGUGAGAAAUCGUAUUGGUGAUGAAUCUUACGAGGAAGCACGCAAGGAAGAAGCUGACUUGUUUGAAAAUCAUCCUCUUCUAUCCAAGAUUGAUAAAUCCAUGGUCGGCAUCCCAGCUUUGGCUCAAAAACUGGUUCACAUUCAAGCAACUAUUAUAGCAAGAUGCUUGCCAGAGAUAGUGAGGAAGAUUAAUGAGAAGCUGAAUGCAAGUGUCUCGGAACUGAACAGGAUGCCUAAGACUUUGUCCUCGGUUGGUGAAGCCCUCACAACUUUCAUGGGCAUUGUUGGAUCCGCCAAAGAGUCGCUAAACAAGAUCAUUGUGAGAGGAGAAUAUGAUGAGUAUCUAGAAGAUAAAAAUAUGCAUUGCACUGCCAGAUUGGUUGAAAUGCUCAACCAAUACUCAGGUGAACUUCGUAAGUGCUCUGAAAAUGACCUUACAGGGAACUUUUUGAUGGAUGAGAUUCAGGUUUUGGAGGAAGCCAAAGGGAUUCAAUUGCCAAAUUUCCUUCCCCGCACCACCUUCCUUGCUAUUCUGCAGAAAAAGGUUGAAAAGAUAUCACACAUACCAGUUGCCUUUGUUGAGAAAGUGUGGACUUACAUUGAAGGUGUGGUCAUAUCUGUUUUGAUGCAUCACUCGGAAAACUACCACCAGCUUCAGCUAUCCACUCGACGAGCAGGCCAUAAUCUCAUAGCAAGAAUGAAAGAGCAUUCUAGAAAUUGGGUCACAGAGAUUGUUCAAAUGGAGAAACUGACAGAUUAUACAAGCAAUCCUGAAUACAUGAAUGACUGGAACAAGCUCAUGGCUCAACAGCAUGAUUUCACGCGUGAUGUCCUGGAAAAAGUGUACAUUACUACAUUCAAGAUUGAAGGUUUGGGAGAGGUUCCAAUUGCUGGUCUCAGGGGGUAUGAGCAGCAUGUUUUGCUUCAAGCUUUCGACUUGAAAAUGAGAAUGACUGCUUACUGGAAAAUUGUUUUGAGGAGGUUGGUUGAUUUUAUGGCUCUGCAUUUGCAGUUCUGUGCUCGAAAUCUUGUGAACAAGGAAAUGGAAGAGGAGAUCGUCCAGGAGCUUGCCGGUAGACAUGAUGGUGCGAUAGAAAGAAUGUUAGAGGAAUCUCCAGCUGUAGCUGCUAAGCGUGAGAAGCUGAAUGUGAGCAUCAAGUUGUUGAGGGAGUCCAACAAUGUCCUGGCAAACAUCAUGGACAAAAUUGCUUCAAAUAUCUAGUUUGAGCACUGUUUAUCUAUCUAUUUAUCCAUACCUAUCUAUGCCCGUUUGGCUUUGCUUUUCUUUUCUUGUUUCUAAGAUUGAUGGCAUGAAGGAGUUUGUGUCAAUCUAUCUUGUUUUCCUUGUGUUUGUUCUAAUAGUAGUAUGAAGAUGUUUUCUAUUUA